GCAGUGGAACGCUAGACCCAAACAAACUCGGGGAAAAGACAAAAUAUUACCGUUCUGUAGCUAUAUCGCCGGCUCGCCAGCCUUUCAGCCAGCGGAUCAGGCGGGACAACUCCUACUUUUUUUCCUUCUCCUACCAGGGGACACAACCUUUAUUAUGAUCGUGUUCUUCUUGCGUCUCCUCGGAGUGGUGAUGUAAACCACGGGACUCUCAGUGCCGCUACAUCAAUAACGUCGAUUAUUAUGCGGAGUCCCACGGCGCUCCUGAUGGAUUCUCUAAUGAACUAGACUUCAACUCUUCUGUUUAAAAAAAAUGCAAAGUUUGCACAAAAGAUAGAGACAUAGCAUUAGCAAGAGUGUCUGGUAUCGCUUAUUUCUGGAUUUCUUCCAUACUUGACAAACCGUACGUGAACGGUUUCGUGAGAGACAGAGAAGAAAAAAAAACACCGAACAAUGCAUCCAUUGAUAGUCGUGAGUAUUUUGGUGCUCCUGCCGUCUGCAUCAAUGAGUUCCAGGUGGAGGUCAAGGACUUCCGGUAAAAGCUACAACGCGAUUGAUUUAAAGGAAACUCCACAGGCUGAUGAGACGAAAGUUGAGCCAAAGGUUGAGCCUAGAGGGCCUAACGUGUGUGGUCCCAGGUACAGGAAACAGUGCUGUACAGGAUGGAGCAGGCCGCCCACUGGAACCCACUGUGUCAUUCCUAUUUGUAUCGCUGGUUGUGGGAGCGGACAGUGUAUACGCCCCAACCAAUGCCUGUGUCCAGGAUCCCGGCGACCAUCGGCCCAGUGUGAAUCUGACGAUCAGUGCAAAGGUGGCUGUUUAAAUGGGGGCCGGUGUAUAGGGAAAGAUAGGUGUGCCUGCCCGUACGGCUAUACGGGGCAGAAUUGUGAACAAGAUUUCAGGACAGGACCCUGCUUUACCCAGGUCAGCAAUGGAAUCUGCCGGGGUCAGCUGACUGGGGUCGUGUGCACCAAGACGUUGUGCUGCUCCACCAUUGGCGCCGCCUGGGGGAAGCCGUGUGAGCAGUGUCCCAGCGUCCCUCACCCCUGCAGGAGAGGAUUCAUCCCCAACCCCUCUACAAACACGUGUCAAGAUGUGAACGAGUGUCAGGCAAUACCCGGGCUGUGUGUCGGGGGCGAGUGUGUCAACACGCUCGGCUCCUACAGAUGCCAAUGUCGAGAAGGACAAACGCAAAAUCCCAUCACUAAUGUUUGCGAAGACAUAAACGAGUGUGAAGCGAAUCCUGGGAUCUGCAAGAAUGGUCAGUGUAUCAAUACAGAGGGGAGCUACUUCUGUCGGUGUGACACGGGAUAUGAGCCGACACCUGACAAAUCCAAGUGUAUCGCAUCUCAGCAAGGGUUUUGUUUCACACGCGUCUCUGGACGUAACUGCCAAGGGCGCAUCGCUGAACGGAUGUCACUUCGAGACUGCUGCUGUUCCGUUGACAUGGGAAAGGGAUGGAGCCUCAGCGGACAGACGUGUCAGCCGUGCCCUACAGUCGGCACUGAUGCUCACUCUCGUCUCUGUGAUGCCACAAAUGAAUUUAAAUAUGACUAUUGUCGAAAUCUGGAUAACCUGUGUGAAAAUGGAAAAUGCAUCAGCUUGGAAGACACAUUUAGAUGUGAAUGCAAUCCUGGUUUUAAAAAUGACUCUCAAGGCCAUUGUGUUGAUAUUGAUGAAUGUAGCCAGCCUGGAGUCUGUCGGAAUGGACAAUGUGUCAAUACAAAAGGAGGCUUUGAAUGCAAAUGUAAUCCUGGAUUUGCUUUAUCUAAAGAUGGUACAUACUGUACAGAUAUGAAUGAAUGUGAAACUGCUCAGAUGUGCCCCAAUGGCCGGUGUGUAAACAUGGAUGGAUCCUAUAAAUGUGUUUGUAAUCCAGGUUUUAGACAAUCAGCCAAUCAACAGAUUUGUUUUGAUAUAAAUGAAUGCACCGAAAAUGGCAGACUAUGUUAUAAUGGUCAAUGUGUCAAUACAGAUGGCAGUUAUCGUUGCGAGUGUGAUGAAGGCUUUCAGUUAUCACCAGAUGGGGCAUUUUGUUUAGAUUAUGAUGAAUGUAAGAGAACGGGCAUGUGUACAAAUGGCAGAUGUCAUAACAUGAUGGGAAGCUACAAAUGUAUUUGUAAUCCUGGAUUCCAGCUUGGACCCAAUAAUCAGGUUUGUUUAGAUAUUAAUGAAUGCGAGGUAAACCCUAACAUGUGCAGCCAUGGAACUUGUAUCAACAACCAAGGAAGUUUCCGAUGUGACUGCCCGCAAGGAUUUGUGUUGGGACCUGAUGGCAGAACAUGUCUGGAUGUGAGACGAGGUCUGUGCUAUCCUGAUGUUCAAGAGGGAAGGUGCAUAAACCCUCUCUCUCGAAUAGUAUCCAAGUCUGGGUGUUGCUGCAGUCUCACCGCUCCUGGUCAAAAAUAUGCCUGGGGCCAGGCCUGUGAGCCUUGCCCUAGCAUGGAAGACCCUCAGUACAUUCAACUCUGUCCCAAUGGACCAGGAAAAGACCAUGAUGGAAAAGAUAUUAAUGAAUGCCAGCAACAUCCAGAUAUUUGCACCCAUGGAGUAUGUGAGAAUCUUCAAUUGGGCUACAGGUGUAUAUGUAAUGCUGGCUUUAGAAUUGAUUCUUCUGGACUUAGAUGUAUAGACAUCAAUGAAUGUGAAAUGAACCCAAUGUUGUGUGAUGGUGGUCAGUGUAGAAACACACCUGGUAGCUACCAGUGUAUUUGUCCAAGUGGAUUUCAAUUUAGUGCUAGAACAAGAAUGUGUGAAGAUUUAAAUGAGUGUGAGGAAAAAAAUCAGUGUAUUGGUGGAGACUGUGUAAAUACACAAGGCAGCUUUAAAUGCAGGUGUGCACCUGGGAAAAUACUUGAUACUACUGAGCGGAUUUGCAUUGAUAACCGGCAAGGAACAUGCUGGCUAAAUAUUGUAAAUGGCAACUGUGAGAAUAACUUACCUGGACAACUCACACAGUCUGAAUGCUGUGGGUCCAUUGGCCAAGCUUGGGGAAGCCCAUGUGCUCCGUGUCCUACACAAUCUGAGCUGCAUUGUCCUAAAGGUUUUACAUUCAAAAAUGGAGUCAAUUGUGUUGAUAUUAAUGAAUGUGAGAGAAUACCUAACAUCUGCAAAGGAGGUGGUCAGUGUGUCAAUACUGAAGGAUCAUUCACCUGCACUUGUCCACCAGGCCUUACCUUGGACAGCAGCAAAUUGAGAUGUGUUGACCUUAGGAAAAGCAACUGUUACCAGGAUUAUUCAAGGAUGUUUUGCUCAAAGCCAUUCAUGGGAAGUUUUACCAAAGUUGAUUGCUGCUGCUCUAUUGGGCAAGCUUGGGGUGACCCUUGUGCUGGGUGUCCCAGAGUUGGAACAGAUGACUAUAAAAUAUUGUGUGCUGAGGCUGAUCCUGGGUCUGGACCUGGUUCAGAGAUUAUUAAAGACAUCAAUGAAUGUACAAUGUUCCCUGGCAUGUGCGUCAAUGGCCGCUGCAAAAACACUCCUGGCAGCUUUGAGUGUGAAUGUUAUCCAGGUUUUGCUAAAGACAGCUUUGGAACCAACUGCACUGACAUUGAUGAGUGUAGAAUAUCUAUGGUGGAUAUUUGCACACCUGGACGCUGUGUAAAUGAACCAGGAACUUUCCGUUGUGAGUGUAAUGAAGGAUACAAAGGAAUUAUGAUGAACCAAAUGUGUGUUGAUAUUGAUGAAUGUGAGGAUAACAAAUCACUCUGCCGUGGUGGAAGUUGUGUCAAUACCCAAGGAAGUUAUGAGUGUACAUGCCCAGAUGGCCAUGAACUAGCACCUGAUGGACAACUCUGUAAAGAUAUUGAUGAAUGCUCAUCAAGCAGCAGCAUUUGCUCAAAUGGCCAUUGUGAAAACUUUAUGGGAGGCUACCAGUGUAUCUGCAAUCAAGGCUACAUGCCUAAUGAUCUCAAAUCUAUGUGUAUAGAUAACAAUGAAUGUGAAUUUGACAAUGGCGCCUGCCAGUCUGUCUGUAUAAACAUGCCUGGAAGUUUCACCUGUUCCUGUGGCAUGGGUUACCUUUUGCUCACUGAUGGACGUACUUGUGUUGAUGUGGAUGAGUGUAAAGAACAGCCAAAUAUCUGUGAUGGUGGCCGCUGUGAUAACUUACCUGGGUCCUACAGGUGUAUCUGCCCACCUGGUCUUCUUGCUUCACCUGACCAGAAGAGAUGCUUGGAUGUUGAUGAAUGUUUACAAAACAAGAAUCUAUGUCAGAAUGGAGGGUGUCAGAAUACUCAUGGAUCAUUUGUCUGCAAGUGUGACAUUGGAUUUUCUGUUAAAACACAGAUUAGAGCAACAGGAUGUACAGAUGAUGAUGAAUGUGAAACUGGAUCAUCUGGCUGUGAUGAAAAUGCUCUUUGUAUAAACACACAAGGAUCAUUUAAGUGUGACUGUAAGCCUGGCUAUUCUGGAGAUGGGCUCACAUGUAGAGACAUUAAUGAAUGUGUCAGAGACAAUGGUGGUUGCCAUAGGGAUGCUGCCUGUAUUAACACAGCAGGAAGUUUCAGGUGUAUUUGUGAUGAAGGAUUCACUGGAAAUGGUUUGGAAUGUCAAGAUGUGGAUGAGUGUAUCUUGGACCCAGGUCUCUGUGAAAAUGGCCAAUGUUUCAACUUCGCUGGAGGAUACAGAUGUGAAUGUGAUAUGGGUCUUGCACCCACUGAAGAUGAAAGAGCAUGUGUUGAUAUUGAUGAGUGUGCCUCAUUUCCCAACUUGUGCGUCCAAGGGAAGUGUGAAAAUGUAUUUGGUAUGUUCAGAUGUAACUGUAACCUUGGCUACAAACUGGACACAUCUGGAGGAAACUGUACUGAUAUUGAUGAGUGUGAGAACCCAGAUAACUGCCAGUAUGGAAUUUGCAUCAACCAACAGGGCAGCUAUAUUUGUCAGUGUCCACCUAACUUUGAGAGUAAUCCAACUGGAACAGGAUGUGUAGAUAAGCGUGUUGGCAACUGUUACAUGGACGUUCCAUCCUACUCCACUGGUCGACCUGGUAUCUGUAAUGACAAGAUUGCUCAAGAUGUAUCCAGGGCUACUUGCUGCUGCACUGUAGGCAAAGGCUGGGGAGAAAUACAAGGCUUCUGUGACCCUUGUCCCAAAAAUGGUUCAGCUGAAGCUGCUGCCCUAUGUCCUGGAGGUCCAGGGUUCAAGCCCAAUUCAGUCACACUUGUCUUAGAAGACAUAGAUGAAUGUACAGAAAUUGAAGGACUUUGUGAAGGAGGAGAGUGUCAAAACACAUUUGGCUCUUAUGUGUGCACUUGUCGCACUGGCUUUAGGCUUGACCAGCAGAGGAAGAGAUGUGUUGACAUCAAUGAAUGUCUAGAAUCUUCAAACAGAUGUGGUGUAGGUCGUUGUGUCAACACUGAGGGAAGCUUCCAGUGUGUUUGUCCAGAUGGCUACAUCCUGAUGGAAGAUGGAGAAACUUGCAUGGAUAUGAGGAAAGCAAAUUGCUACAGAGAAUACAGAAAUGCAACAGGGCGUUUUAGAGACAUUGUCUGUACCAGCCCAUUGUCUGCUCUUCAGACAAGGUUUCAGUGUUGCUGUUUGUUUGGAGCUGCCUGGGGAGAACCAUGUUCUGCCUGUCCUGCUAAGGGAUCAACUGAAUUCAAGUCACUUUGUGAGGAGGGUCCAAUUAAAAUUACUGAUAUCAAUGAAUGUGAAGUGAACCCUGACCUCUGCCAAAAUGGCAGGUGCAUUGAUUUACCAUACAGUUUCCGUUGUGAAUGUAAUAGGGGCUAUGUUUAUGAUGGCAUACGACAAAUCUGUGAAGAUGACAAUGAAUGUGCACGUGAGAUAAAUCCUUGUAUUGGCAACUCACAAUGUACCAACACACCUGGCAGUUAUAAGUGUGGAUGUCCUGAUGGAUAUAGACUUCGUCCUGAUGGAAGGAGAUGUUCAGAUAUUAAUGAAUGUGAAGAGCUUCCAGGGGCCUGUAGUAAUGGCCGUUGCAGGAAUUUAGAGGGUAGCUAUAGCUGUACAUGUAACACAGGCUUCAGACUUUCUCCAAACAAAGAAGUUUGUAUUGACAUUGAUGAAUGCGAGGUAAGACCUGGUCUGUGUAGGAAUGGCACAUGUUUCAAUACAGAAGGCAGCUUUAGGUGUCACUGUAAUUCUGGCUUCACACUGACACAGAGUGGAGAAUGCAAAGAUAUUGAUGAGUGUGUUGCCAUGAUUGGAAUCUGCACAAAUGGUAGAUGUAUAAAUACACAGGGAAGCUUCACUUGCCAGUGUCCAGUUGGUUACACACUUUCCUCAGAUAAACAACACUGUAGAGAUGUUGAUGAAUGCUCAGAAAUGGAUUCCAUGUGUAUGAAAGGCACCUGUCAGAAUAUGGACGGAGCUUUCAUUUGCUCAUGUCCAAAAGGUUUUGAACUUGCACCUGAUAAAAAAACUUGCAUAGAUAUCAAUGAGUGUCAGACAAUGACUGAUGCUUGCUUUGGCGGUAGAUGUGAGAAUACAGAAGGAGGCUUCAGAUGUAUUUGUCCACCUGGCUUUAAAGUAACCCGAGAUGGAAUGGGUUGUGUAGAUACAAGGUCAGGGAACUGCUAUGAUGGAUUUGAGUUUGAGAGAUGUGUUCUACCACGACCUGGAACUUUAAGUAAACCAGAAUGUUGUUGUUCUGAAGGGGUUGCUUGGGGAGUCUCUGGUCAGUGUACACAGUGUCCAUUACCAGGAGAAGUUGAGUUUGAAAGAAUUUGCCCUGAUGGUAUUGGAUAUACUGAAAAAGGAGAUAUCAAUGAAUGCACUGCAAAACCUGGUAUCUGCAAGAAUGGUAUCUGUAUCAACACUGAUGGAUCUUUCCGCUGCGAAUGUAGGCCAGGAUUUGUUUUAGAUGCCACUGGAGUAAAUUGUGUUGACAAAGACGAGUGCCAAGAGAAAGAUGUUUGUGGCAAUGGAACAUGUACAAACACAGUGGGCAGCUUUGAGUGUACUUGUAAUGUAGGCUUUGAAGCAGGACCACAUGAAAAAUGUGUUGAUAUCAAUGAAUGCAACACUGUGCUAAAUCAGUGUGCCUUCCGCUGUGCCAACAUACCAGGUUCUUUUAGAUGUGUGUGUCCUAUGGGAUACAAAGUGGCUGCUGAUGAGAUCCACUGCGAAGAUGUUGAUGAAUGCACGACUCCUGUCAACAAGUGCAAAUAUGCCUGUAAAAAUACUGUUGGAUCCUUUUUAUGUGUCUGCCCUGAAGGUUUCACACAGAUUGGACAAGAUGAAUGUAGAGAUGUUGAUGAAUGUCGACAACCUGGAGUGUGUGAGAAUGGCAGGUGCUACAACACACAAGGUGGAUAUAGAUGUGACUGUAACACAGGCUUUGAAAGAACUGAUGAUGGCAAAGCUUGUUAUGAUAGAAGAGAAGACUUCUGCUACCUGGAAUUACAGGGUGGAAGAUGUUUGCGUACACCAGAUCUAGCCAGACUUACAAAAACUGCAUGCUGCUGUUCUCUUGCUGUAGCCUGGGGACGCUCAUGUGAACGAUGCCCAGCUCGUAAUUCUGUGGCUUUUAACAAAUUGUGUCCCCAUGGCCCUGGAUUAGAUAAAGAUGGAAAAGACAUUGAUGAAUGCUCAAGCAUGCCAGGCGCCUGCAAAAAUGGCAGGUGUCUGAACACAAUGGGCUCCUACAGGUGUGUGUGUGACAAGGGAUACAAGACUGAUGUCUCUGGCAAGAAGUGCAUAGAUAUAAAUGAGUGCAGACAAGAUCCCAAACCCUGUGAGUUCACCUGCUCCAACACUGAGGGAAGUUUUGUGUGUGGUUGUCCUCCAGGCUAUGUUCUCAACAUGGAUGGUCUGACUUGCAGAGAUCUGGACGAGUGUACAACAAUGAGACAUGACUGUUCUGGUACUUGUGUCAACACACCUGGCAGCUAUACCUGUGAAUGUGAACCAGGCUAUCGCAAGACAAGAAAUAAUGGAUGUGAAGAUAUUGAUGAAUGUGCUGAGAACACACAUACAUGUGGACCUAUUGGCCAGUGUCAGAAUACAAGGGGAAGUUAUCAGUGUAUUUGUCCCAAAGGUUACAGGAGAGAUGAAAGUGGCAAGAGAUGCAUUGAUAUUGAUGAGUGCACGGACGGUAAAUGUGAUGGAGAAUGUGACAAUGUCCCUGGCAGCUUUAGAUGUGAAUGUCCUCCUGGAUACACUCAGCGACCUGGUGGACAAUGUGUUGAUGAGAAUGAAUGUAACACUGAUUAUGUUUGUGGGUACCUGGCUCUUUGUGUGAACCUACCUGGCAGCUUUGACUGUCAGUGUUCAUCAGGGAGGGACUUUGACAUGAAUUCUCUUAAUUGUGUUGAUGGUAAUGCAUGUGGAGGCCACCCCUGCCUAUUUGGCUGUACACCUUCCCAAGGAGGGAACUAUGUAUGUGGUUGUCCACCUGGAUAUGAACCAAUGGGUCAAGGCCACUGUAUCAGCACAGCUUCCUCAGCAAGCACCAAAUACCCACCUGGUGUCCAACUGCCCCAUGAGAAUACACCUAGUACUGGGGGUAAACUGCCACCAGGUGAGGGAUGCUACCAGUGUGACCAUGACUUCGGGGAGAUCCCAUUGUCUCGCAGAACCAGAAGAAGCACGUCCAGACUAACAAGAGAGGCCAAGAGUCUAGAUGAAUUAAUUGAAUACUACUCUGAUUCAAAUGGCAUUGUGAAAGAUAUUGCAGCAGGUGAAGGGAUCAAGAAAAAGAAAAGUGUUCCACAUAAACUUAAACACAAAAAGCUUGAGCAGAAUGAUGUGAUCAACUCCACCUUAUCAAACAACUUGAUUGGCACCAACACCUCAGACACUGUUAUCAUGUAUAUACUCACAAACCAGACCAAACCCCGUACAAAACUUGUCAAAGUCAUCCCAGCUCUUUCAGUACUACGUCAUAACGUUCGCUACAGAAUCAAAUCAGGGAACAAGGAAGGCUACUUUUCUAUGCACAAGAAAAAAGGAGUCAGCUCCCUUUAUUUCACCAAGCACAUCACUGAGCCAAAGAUUUUCCAUCUAGAGAUAGAAUGUAGACCUGUAGAGAGUGAAGAGAAGCUAGGAGAUAAAGUCAUCCACUUAGAGCCCUAUGUGCUCCACUUAGCAAUCCAUGUGGUGGACAAGCAAUGAUAACAAUUUGUUAUGGGAGAAUGUCUGGUGUUGUCGUGUAAGCUGUUUUUGUCCAGGUUUUUAUUUUUAUGCAUUUUACAUACUUUUGUGAUAUUAAGCUUAUUUCAUGACACCCAUUAUCAGUUCAGCAUUUUUAAACCAGUUGAUUUUUAAAACUAUCCACCACCACAGAACUGGAAAAAGUUUAACAUGAAAUAAUUUUUAUCAUGAAACCCAUAGUCAGUUCUUAGUAUAAGACAGUUGGUUUUAAAAAGCCAUACUCUGACUCUGUAAUGGGAUUGUCAUGAAAUAAUUUGAAUCUUGUGUACUUGUUAGACUGUGCUUUGCUGCAUGUGUUGGGUAAGGUUUGGACCACAUAGGAAUGUUUGUGUUUUGUCUUGUUUUUUGAAGCAAAGAAAGUGCCAGAUAAAUAUUUCUUGUAUGGUCUUCUGUUUUAA